GGCGCCAAUUCUGAAAAAGAAGGCCAGCUUGAGUAUGAAGGACACACUGCCUGCGUUGGCACGUUUGUGGUUGGGAUCGACCCCCAGAAAUUCAACGACUCCAUGCAAGAUCCAGACGUCCAGAAGCGUAUCAAAGAGCUGGAAAAGCGGUAUGAGGACAAGACCGUCAUUAUCGGUGUGGAUCGGUUGGAUUAUACGAAGGGUCUAGUUCAGAAGCUCGAGGGAUGGGAUCAUUUCCUGAAGACCUACCACGAGUUGGAGGGAAAGGUCACCCUGAUCCAAGUAGCUAUACCCAGCCGUGAGGAUGUGAAGGAAUAUCAGGAGCUGGAGAAGGAGAUUUCUACGCUUGUCGGCAAGAUAAACGGGGAACAUGCUACGCCGGAUGGGACACCGCUCAUUUACAUGCACCGGUCUGUUUCUUUUACGGAACUCACGGCCUUGUACUGCAUCUCCGAUAUCUGCCUUCUCACCUCCCGAAGGGAUGGCAUGAACCUGGUUGCGUCUGAGUAUGUGGCUUGUCAAGAGAAUAAACAUGGAGUUCUUGUGCUCUCUGAGCUUGCAGGCGCUGCAUCCUUCAUGUCUGGUGGCAGCGUUACCUUCCAUCCAUCCAGCGUUCAGGAGCUGUCUGAUGCUGUCCAUCAAGCAAUCACCAUGGACGAGACGGAGAGAAAGGAGAGAUAUGAGAGUCUACGAGACUUUAUCACCACCCACACAAGGCAAGUUGGGAUCUCAUCCUCUUUACACCUUUUUUUUAAGCUAAUCAAUGGUUCUGUAUAUAGUGCUAAGUGGGGAGAGGCAUUUAUCAGGGCUCUAUCUCGUCAUGUCGAGGAGUAG